GAUAGAGUGGUCACGUGAUCCGAGUAACGUGACCGGAGGCCGAAGCUCGCGCAAGACAGAAUGGCGGAUGUCGACAAUCUUAAGUCACUCAGCGGUUUACUAAACGGAAUAGCUCAAAAAGCAUAUUAUAAUAAUCUGGAGAUUACAGAAGAACUUCUGAAGAAUGAGCUUUAUUCAGAUCUGUCACAAGAAGAGUUUCAUACUUUGCAUGAGAAGAUGAAGGGUCUCUUAAAGUCCAUUGCCACAGCUGAUAUGGAUCAAGCCCAACUGGAGGCCUUCCUGACAGCCCAGACUAGGAAGCAGGGCGGUGGGGCAGUGAGUGCGGAGCAGGCAGCCGCCCUGUCCAAGUUUUGGAAGAACCAGCGGAGCCGGAUAAGGGAGAGCCUCCUGGGGCAGAGUCGCUGGGAGCCCACUCUUCGGGGCAUGAGCUGGAGGGUGGACCUGCAGACCUCCACCAGCAGAGGGCAGCCUGUCAGCAGCCCUGUUGCCUUGGUGGAGCUCGAGCUUGGCAGGGCUGGGGAGGAUUCCGAAUUCGUGUGCAUGGAGUUUGAUGAGGUCAAGGUGAACCAGGUGCUGAAGAAGAUGACUGAGAUCCAGGAGAGCAUCGACCACAUUGUGCACCACAGCUGAAGCACAAAAGUGCUUAGCUGGGCUCCGGGCCGACCGAACAAGUCCCUAAGCCCUCCAGCUGAGGCUGGGCAGACGCUGCGUGGCUGAGGGGGUCCCGCCUGUGAAGACAGGCUUGUUUUGUCCUCAAAAGAUGCGUCGGAGAGCGAGUGGGUUGGGUUCCUCCUGCUCCUACACUUCCUUUCCCUUAUAGACAGAGGUGGACAUUUCAGGUCCAGAAAGUAAAUAUCCAAACCAGGAUUUUGUUUCAACCAACCAGUUGAGUAUAAAGAGUCACGGUCAUGGAGUACUCAAAUGGUUGGUUGAAACAAAAUCCUGGUUUGGAUUUUUACUUUCUGGACCUGAAAUGUCCUCUGCUUAUAGAUACGGUAAAGUAGAAAUCCCAACAUGUUUGUAAUCAUGCUACUGGAACGUGAAGUACUGGCUUCACUAACACAUGACAGCAGUAUGCAGGCGGGGGUGGCUCACUGCUGGCUUUCUGUAGCAGCAGGUGCGU